CUGCGCCGCACGCACCUUUGACUCCUUUGAACAGCCAUGCAGCCAAGGCAAGUGCAGCUGACGGAAACGAUUAAUCGACUCGUCGCCCUGCUCCGCACUCCGGCCGUCGCAAAGGCUCUGCGGACUGUAUUGGCAACAACAGCGGUGCUAGGAGCGCUCAGGGUCGUGCUGCGUCAUCUAUUUUCGAACAAGACCGUGCCUAAAGUGAUCAGCGAUCCUGGACGCGUGGGACGGCAAGUUAAGAGCAGCGAGGACCAGUAUGACCCUGAGGAAUACGACGUGGUCAUCGUGGGCGGAGGCACUGCUGGUUGUGUGCUUGCCUCUCGCUUGUCUGAGGACCCUACCAUUCGAGUGUUGCUUCUGGAGGCGGGCAAGAGUUCGGCGCAAAACCCUCUAGCUCGUGUUCCUGUUCUAUAUCAAAGGUUCUUCCAUUCCGGCUCUGACUAUAAUCUGUAUACGGUGCCCCAGGUCAAUGCAGGGGCAAAGUCGAGGUAUUGGCCAAGGGGGAGGAUGCUCGGAGGAUGCUCGUCAAUGAAUGCUAUGAUCUUUCAUCACAGUGCCCCUUCGGAUUAUGAUGAAUGGGCUGCGAUGCAGCACGGCCAGGAGGGAGCUUCUGGUUGGACCUAUGAGGACUUCAACCGUUAUUUCACAAAAUUCGAGAAGUUUCACCCAAGCAAAGAGUAUUCCCUCGUAGAUGUCGCUCUCCGAGGUUCUGCGGGCCCGUUAGAUGUCGGGUACUAUGGGUAUGCGUCUGAUACAUCGAAAACGUUCUUGGAGGCUUGCGACAAGGCUGGUUUGCCCAAUGUCCCGGAUUUUAAUACACAUAAAGGAACAUUGGGAUCGAGCAAGCUGGUCCGCCUUUCAGUGACAUUUAUCGACCCACAAAUGCGUCGCGCCACGACUGAGUCGGCCUAUCUUACGCCAGAGGUUCUCGCCCGGCCCAACUUGGUGGUAGCAACCCAAGCGCAAGUCACGAAGAUCGUGUUGGGGCAAACUGUCGAAGGAGGAGAAGUAGUUGUUCGUGCUGUCGCUGUCAGAUUCAAGAACGGACAGGGUAAGACUUUCGAGGUCAAAGCGAAGAAAGAAGUCGUUGUGUCUGCCGGAGCCGUACAUACUCCUCAGAUCCUCAUGCUGUCUGGCAUUGGCCCUUCUGAUCAUCUCGCAGAACAUAACAUUCCGGUGUUGGUCGACCUACCUGGCGUUGGAGCACAUCUCAUGGAUCACCCCUCGGUGGAUUAUCACUUCCGUGACAAGAGCCGCUCAAUGAUCUCAGGCCUUAACUCAGACCCAGGCAGUGUGUUGAAACCGCGCAAUAUCUUAAUGGCCAUGAGCGUAAUGUUGCAAUAUGCGCUCUUUCGCAGCGGACCGAUGACUUCGAACGUUGCAGAGGCGGCUGCCUUCGCUCGUUCGUCCGAUACGUCUCUGUACAGCGCCGAUGGUAUCCCAGCCGAUUCAACCUCUGGACCCGGGGCUCCAGAUAUCGAGCUCUUCGUAAGCCCGCUGUCGUGGACUGAGCACGGAUUCGGGAGGUUCCCCAAGGGGCAUCACUUUGCUUUGCACACGGUACUCCUCAGGCCAACCAGCAAGGGAACCAUCCGAUUGCAAUCUUCGGACCCGUCGGACGCUCCUAUCAUCGACCCACAGUACCUAUCUACAGAUCAUGAUGUAGCUGUCCUCGUCCGCGCCGCCCGCCUCGUAGGCCGCCUCAUCCAAACAGAGCCGCUCUCUUCUCUGUUGGACCCUACAGGCCUCGCUCUCUCAGAGCCUGUGGACAUCCUCAACCACAACUUGCACGAGAUGACGGACGGUCAGAUUGCUAAGCUCGUACGGAACAGGGUGGAAACGCUGUAUCAUCCUACGUCCACUGCGCGCAUGGCGCCGCGUGAAGAAGGCGGUGUUGUGGAUCCUUAUUUGAGGGUUUAUGGGGUGAAGGGCCUGAGAGUCGUGGACGCAAGCGUUUUCCCGUUAAUCACUUCGGGACAUACGGUGUCACCCACGAUUGCCGUGGCAGAGAAGGCAGCCGAUUUGAUCAAAGACGCAGUCAAGUCAGUAUAAGGGCUACCAAGUUGGACGUAUCUGCGACACAUGCGGUUUUAUGCCCACGUUAACCUCGCUUGUGCGACUGUAAGCUCAUUUGCCCUGGCGAAGGAAUGGUGUGAUCUCUCUCAUUGUCGCGUGCUACUGUGUUUUAAUGAGACGAUGUACUAUAGUUAUUUGGAUAGUAUCGACUGACGUGUUACCUUGUACUUCAUUCACCGCUCAACUGCCCAUUCGGAAGAUGUCAUUUGGCGACAUCUUCACGUAGAGGAGGUCAGUGCUUGCCCACGAUAUCAAUACCUC